GGUAAAGUUUCAUAUUUUCAUAUCUUAGACAAUUAAUGCCUAAAAGAUCACUACAAUAUCUGAUAAUUAUAUCACUAUUGACAGUUUCCUGUUAAAAAAUGUCAUCUCUGGAUUUUUUUAGCACGAAUUCAAUGAAAAGUCACUGGAAAGUCAAGGGCUUUAUUGUUUGUAAAAGUUAUCAUUUAACUGAGAAAGAAAUGAAAUAGCACCAUCUAGCGGCAUGGUUCUCAGUUUUAUUUCAAUAAACUCCACCCAAAACAAGAUAAACGAAACUGAAGGGAUUAUUAAGACGACGUCAAGUGAAAGUCACUUAUCUGUACAGCAGAAACAGGCAGAAGCAGGCCUGCAUCUCAACAUACUGUCUUUAGCAAAGAAAUCUAUUAAAAUGGCGGAGAAAAUCGCUCUUGUUGAAGGUUUCCUGAGCUGCCAUGUGUGUUCAGAGACGUUCAGAGAUCCAGUGUCUCUGAGCUGCAACCACAGCUUCUGUUCAAGCUGCCUGCAGAAAUUCUGGGAACAAACUGAAAACAAGAACUGUCCCAUCUGUAAGAGAAGAUCUUCUAAGGAAAAUCCAACAAUCAACGUCUCCCUCAAAGAACUUGCUGAUUCAUUUGCUGAGAAACAGAAUGAAGCUUCAACUGAGAUGGAAAAAGAAAACAGGAAACAGAAGAAGGUGGUGUGUGAGAAACACUCAGAGGUUCCUUAUUUGUUCUGUGAAGACGAGCAGAGAGCUGUGUGUCCUGCCUGUGAGUUUUCUCUCCACCAGAAUCACAAAGUGGUUCCUAUAGAACAAGCAGUCAGUGAGCUGAAGGAGCAGCUGAAAUCUGACUUAAAGUCUCUGCAGGACAAGAGGAACAAACACAAACAGGUGGAGAAAACAUACGAUGAUGUGAUUCAACACUCCAAGAAGCAGGUGUUGUCCACAGAGAGACAGAUCAGAGCAGAGUUCAACAAGCUCCACCAGUUCCUGAAAGAGGAAGAGGAGUCCAGACUGGCAGCUCUGAGGGAGGAAGAGAAGCAGAAGGGGAAGACUAUCAGCAGAGAGAUGAAGAGGAUUCAGGAGCAGAUCUCCUCUCUGUCAGACAGUAUCUCUGCUGUUGAAGAAGACCUGCAGAAAGACAACGUGUCGUUCCUCAGCAGUUAUAAAGCCACUCAGAGCAGAACCAGAGCCCAGAACUCACUGUCAGAUCCACAGCUGGUCUCAGGAGCUCUGAUAGAUGUGGCCAAACACCUGGGCAACCUGUCCUUCAGAGUCUGGGAGAAGAUGAAGGAGAAGGUCCACUUCAGUCCUGUCAUUCUGGACCCAAACACUGCGAGUGGAUGGCUCCAUCUGUCUGAUGAUCUGACCAGUGUGAGACGUGGAGACGCAGAGCAGCAGCUUCCUGAUAAUCCAGAGAGAAACACUAAUUACUCAAAUGUUUUUGGUUCUGAGGGCUUCAGCUCAGUGAAACACAGCUGGGAGGUGGAAGUUGGAGAUCAUCCUGUCUGGAGUGUGGGUUUGGUUAAAGAGUCUAUUGACAGGAAGGGAGAGACGCAUGUUUCAUCAAAAUAUGGAAUCUGGUGUUUGCUGCAUCGUGAAGGAAAAUACACUAAUGGUCUUGGUAAGAGUCUAACAGUGAAGAAGAGUCUCCAGAGGAUCAGAGUCCAGCUGGACUAUGAUGGGGGGGAGGUGACCUUCUCCAACUCUGAGGACAUGAGUCUCAUCUUCACUCACAAAGACACUUUCACUGAGAAACUCUUCCCUUGUUUUAAUAUAGGCGCAGCAGGUGAUGCCAGAACAUCUGAGAUCAGAAUAUGUGAAACUAAGAUUCUGAUGGAGUCAAUCUAAUUCAACAUAUUUAAGGACAGAGAAGACAUAGAUUCUGUUCCAUUUAAAUAUUUAAUUUUGUCUGAUUUAAUAUAAAUGUCGACCGAGUGGCGGACCACAAGAUGAUUAACAGGAUGAUAUGAAAUUCAAAAUAAUGGCUGAUAGCAUUUAUAGGUUUACUGUAGUUUUGAAAGGUUGUCUUUUUACACAACUAUUUACACAUUAUACUUGUUUUUAAUGAAAGAAUGUGUUGUUUAAAUCACAGAAAUUGCUAAAGUCGCGCUUUCAUAUUGAGAUUUGUACAUUUCUCGUUAUCUUACACCACAAAAGGUCUUAUGAAACUUCAAUAGCUUCAAACACUAGUGCCAUUUUUAAGAUCAGGGUUUUCUCCUUUCUGCUGUCUCUCCACAUCGGUCCUGCCGAGGAACACAAGUUAAAGUCAGGAGCUGUUCUCUAUUCUUGCUGCUUCCUCUCACGGCCUAGAAGACCUGAAGUUGUUCUCAGCACCUCUGUGCAGCCGGUCCCUGCACUCUGCUCGGUCUGACUGUUUCUGUGCAGAAAUAAUGAAAUGUUCAAAGAAAGCCUCUUAAAUAUUUUUGUGGGUUUUUGUUAUUUAUAUUUUCUGCUUUGGAGCGUUUUAAUUAUUGUUUGUAAAGUUCUGUUUUUAAAUAUGAUUUUAAUCGCAUUAAACCAUUGAUUCUUAGAAUGAUGCUGCACUAUGCAUUUGACGUAUUUAUAUUUUUAUUUGGUUUUUCUAUUUGGAAGUGAAAAUACUGAUGCAAAAAAUCAUUGCAGUUAGUAAGAUUUUGUUAAAUGUCUUGAUAUUUUUCAGAUGAACACUGUUGAAGUAAAUGUGACCCUUACAACUCAACUAAAAUUGUAAAAUAGUAAUUUCACUAAAUAUUGUGUGCAUAAACAUCACAUUGCUGUUUAUAUACUGUAGUUUAGUCAUAACUGUCAUGAGAUAGAGUUUAUUUGUUGUUUGAAACACUGGGUCAGAAAUCAGACUGGCAGACUCAAAAUCUAGUUUUCUCACUGGAGAGACUAGUUGACUGUUUUAAAAUAAAAAUGAUAUAAAAAAUC